CAAAAACUGCCAACAAACUCUCUUUGUUCUUCUUCGACUCAACUUACUGUCUUCGAACGUGGAGAAACUUCUAUUUGGCUACCAGUGCAAUUAUGGGGGAAAAGUCUACAGAACCGCCGACUGUCCCUGAACGGUCUGCUCCAGCCAUAGCUGCGGACCCUGCACCGUUUGUGAACCGUGCUACGAUUGAGGAACCUGCGCUUGCAGCGGAUGCAGAGGCAGCACCAACUGUUGCAGUUGACCCAACGACUGGUGACGGCGAUUCGGCAUACAAUAGUGAUGAAAUGUCUCGAUAUACAGCUUCGCUCUCCACUAGUGUCAGAGCGUAUAAGUUUGAACAUGGUCGUCGGUACCAUGCUUAUCAUUCCGAGGGCACUGAUGCAUACCUCUUCCCCAACGAUGACCCCGAACAAGAUCGUCUCGAUAUGUUCCACCAUAUUCUGCUGAUGGGGUGUGAAUCAAAACUGUUCUUAGCACCGAUCAAUCCGGAAGGGAUGCGCAUUCUCGAUAUUGGGUGUGGAACGGGCAUUUGGGCGAUUCAAAUGGCGGAUGAAUAUCCUUCCGCUGAACAGAUCAUUGGAAACGAUCUCAGCCCCAUUCAACCUAGCUGGGUCCCCCCAAACGUCCGCUUCCUCGUCGACGACGUCGAGGAGCCCUGGGGAGAUCCUCUACCCUACGAUUUCAUCCAGUGCCGGUAUAUGGCGGGCUCGAUUAAAAACUGGCCCGGACUCGUCCAGCGAAUUUUCGACCACCUUAAACCCGGCGGAUGGGCAGAAUUUUCGGAUUACGACAUAAACUUGAAGUCGCAGGACAAUACCAUACCCAAGGAUUACAAGCCCCAGGAAAUGCUCAACUUUUUAAAUGUUGCGUGCGUGAAGAUUGGUAGGCCGUUGGGUAUGGGACCGAAGUUGAAGGGGAUGGUUGAGGAGACAGGGUUCACUAAUGUGGGGCAUGAAAUUAUACCAUUGCCGUUGGGGAUUUGGCCCAAAGAUCAGAAGUUGAAGGCAAUGGGUGCCUUCAUGACGCUGCAGUAUACGGAAGGUGUGGAUGGCUUCACAAAGCUUCCUUACACCCAAAUUCUGGGGUGGAGCAGUGAGGAGGUGGAUGUGUUCAAUGCGAAAGUUAGGGCGCAUGUUAAGGAUAGGACUAUCCAUGUGAUGCACGAAUAUCAUUUUGUGUGGGCCCAAAAGCCAGAGACUCCUGCGUAAGAGGAGGGUGAGUUACUUCAUUGGGGCAGAAAUCUUUGGCGAAAUGGAGAUGCCUGAUAGACCCCAAUUCUAAGGUAUGAAUGUCUAGAUGAUGAAACCGUUUUCAACUUAAGACAGAUUAUAUCCUAUUGUAGUGGGGCAGGAAUGAAAAUCUUUCCCCAAGAAUAAAGAAGCAACUGCUUCUAGGAAUUCAAC